UUUAUUUACACGCAACACGCCGCUCCAGGAAUUUCAUCACAGAUGAGGGUUCUACUGAAAAUCCCUUCAGUAAUCAAUAAAAAUCUAAAAAAUCUCUUUAGACAACCUCGUUGUGCGAUACAUGAAACCAAAAUGGCAUGCAGCAAAUACGAAUAUGUGAAAAAUUUUGAGUUGGACGACCGAAUUUUGCCUCAUACGUGGAUCAUCGUCCGAAUUGACGGGAAAGGAUUUCACAAAUUCUCCAAAAAACAUGAUUUUGAAAAGCCGAACGAUAUGAAAGCUCUUAAUUUGAUGAAUUAUGCCGCAACUUAUGUCAUGAAAGAGUUCACCGAUAUAAUUUUAGCCUUUGGUCAAAGUGAUGAAUAUUCAUUUGUUUUCCACAAAAGCACCGAUGUCUACAAUCGACGAAAUUCGAAAAUUAUGUCGAACGUAAACUCACUUUUCACAAGCGCCUACGUGAUGCAUUGGGACCAAUUCCUGCCAGACACGAAACUUUUGUAUCCUCCGUGCUUCGAUGCGCGAAUCGUACUUUAUCCAACAGAUCAAAAUCUACGGGAUUACCUUAGUUGGCGACAAGCAGACGUACAUAUCAAUAAUUUGUACAACACAUGCUUCUGGACAUUGGUUCAAAAAGGUGGAUUAACGUGCCAACAAGCAGAAGAGCGAUUACGAGGCACCGUUUCCUCAGACAAGAAUGAACUUUUGUUCUCAGAGUACGGCAUCAACUACAACAAUUUGGAUCCGAUGUACAAAAAAGGCACAAUUCUCUUGCGAAAACAGAUUAAUAUACCAGGAAUCGACAAAACGAGGACUUUAAUUGUUCCAUUUUAUGAAGACAUGAUACGAGACGACUUUUGGAUCAAAAAUGACGAGCUACUGGAGAAAAAGAAACCCAAAUUUCAUGAAUUGGAUGUGACUAAUAUUCCGAUCAUCUUGAAGAAACAGAUCGAGAAACACAGAUAGCCCCAAAAUUGAACAAAAAAAAUUCGUUACAGCAUUUAUUUUUAAUUAAAGACAGAUUUUGACCGAUUA